AUGGCUAUUCUUGUACUUGGAGGCCGAGGCAAACUUGCCACUGCUUUAGCUUCCCAUUUGAAGGCCGCCAAUCUUCCUUUUCUUGUCGGGACUCACUCUAGCCCCAACGAUUCAACCUAUGUGCAUUUCGAUUGGACCAAGAACGAUACCUGGAAAAAUGCCUUUGAUAGAGUUUAUGAGAGUGGAAUGAGUAAGAUAUCGGGCGUGUUCAUUGCAGGGGCAUCAAUUAUGGAUAUUGGAGAGAAAAUGGUCAAUUUCAUCGACCUUGCUAAGUCUCAGGGUGUGAAGCGCUUCGUUCUUAUCAGUGCGAGCAAUCUUGAGAAGGGCGGGACAGAAAUGGGUCAGGCUCAUGAGCAUCUUGCUGACUUGGAUGGGAUCGAGUAUGCAGUUCUUCGACCAACAUGGUUUAUGGAGAAUUUCCUUGAGUCCCCCCACCUUGACUCAAUCAAAAACGAAAGCAUUAUUUACAGCGCAGCGGGCGAUGGAAAAAUUCCAUUCAUCUCCAUCCACGAUAUUAGUCGCCUCGCCUUGCAUGCCCUUACUGAUGCAGUACCUCUUAAUAGAGAUCUGUUCGUUCUUGGGCCAGAAUGCGUCACUCAUACCGAACUGGCAAGCCUGAUGACCUCCGUCGUAGGACGUCAGAUCAAAUUCGUCAGCCUCAAUGAAGCCGAACUCGCGAAUCACUUGGUGGAGGGUCAGGGAGUACCUCUUGAGUUUGCCCAGAUGAUAGCAGCCUUGGAUCAUGAGGCUGCAAAUGGCACUGAAGAAAGGCUAGGCGAUGAGGUGGAAAAGCUUACCGGCGUGGCACCCAAGUCAUUCGCGGACUUCUGCAAAGAAAACAAAGAGUGCUGGAUUUAG